AUGUCGAUGGCACCGCCCAUGUCCCCGCCCAAGCAGGACAACCUCCUCUUUGCGAUCCCGAAGAAGGGCCGCCUCUACGAGAGCGUCGUCAAGCUCCUCAACGGCGCCGGCCUCGACUACAACCGGCCCAACCGCCUCGAUAUUGCGCAGUGCUCGUCACUGCCAGUCACCCUCGUCUUCCUCCCAGCCUCGGACAUUGCCACGUACGUCGGCGAAGGCAACGUCGACCUCGGCAUCACGGGCCAAGACAUCAUUGCCGAGUCGCAGACGACGGUCCACGAGCUCAUGAACCUUGAAUUUGGCCGGUGCAAGCUGGCCGUGCAAGGCCCCGUGAACAGCGCGAUCACGCACCCGAGCCAGCUCGCCGGGAAGCGCAUCGUCACGUCGUUCCCGCACAUCACGGCGCAGUAUUUCAAGCAGUUUGAGACCACGACGCCAACGCAGAUCAAGUACGUAGGCGGCUCGGUCGAAGCCGCGUGCGGCCUCGGCUUGGCCGACGGCAUCGUCGAUCUCGUUGAGACUGGCACGACCAUGAAGGCUGCGGGCCUUGAGAUCGUCAGCAAUAUCAUGACGACGCAGGCGGUUUUGAUUUCGAACCCCAAGACGCGCCACGAAAAGCUCGUCAAGAAGAUCCACCAGCGCUUUCUUGGCUUCAUCCUCGCGCAGCAGUACAAGAUGAUCACGUACAACGUUUGCUCCGAGAAGCUCCAGCACGCGAUCAAGGUCACUCCAGGUCGCAAGGCGCCGACGAUCAACCCGCUCUUUAACGAAGCGUUCUUCGCCGUCUCGGCCAUGGUACCCCGCUCGGAUGUCGGCGACAUCAUGGACGACUUGCACGAACUCGGCGCGACCGACAUUAUUGUCUUUGACCUCGAAAACUGCCGGGCGUAAAGCGACUCAAGUUAGAACCCUAGUUCCCACGUAAUCCAUUUCCAUUAUGUUUACAGCCA